AAACAUUCCAAACAAAAUGGCGAGGUAAUCGAUUCUGUCGAUGGGACGUUAUUGCGUGUAGAUAAAUGUCUUUGGUCAGAUCCUUUUCUAACGAGGUCUGAUAGCCACGAGGCUAUGGCGGAUCGUGGUAAAACACGGUCGAAAAUUUACGAGAGGUUAAACAACCCUGAACUUCGCUGUAAAACCGGGUGAGUCAUUUCCCUUGUUGGUUUCGAAAUCUUCGAUUGUUUGGCAGUUUAACCUGCCAGUAGUCUUAUUUGUCUUCGCGGUCUUUAGCUAUCUUCACGGAACCUAAUGCAAACGAAAACUAUGUCUUACUUUUUGUUAUUGUAAAAAGCUGCUUACCGUCAGUCGUUCUUUAUUCUGAGAUUUUGAACGCAGCGCUUUAAGCUCAGCUGUGAGGCUGAACGAUGGAUGUUGAAACAACUGCAAGGUAGAUUGCAGCUUUCCAUCCCUGCAUUUUAAGCUCCAUUCUUGUAAAAAGUUCUUUAUUAGGCCAGCUGUUCGUGAGGAAAUAUGAAUCAUAACCUUUGGUGAGUGUUUGAAUAGAUCGUGGCAAAGGUGCAUGAAAUGAUAAACUGCCUAUCGGCUGCUACACAUCGUGCCCGCUUCGCCGGAAAUGAAGGACCAUCAUGUGAUUUCCGUCGUGCAGUUGUGUAACUUACUUCUUCUUGGCGUUGUCUAAAGCAAACCAUAGCUUAACACGUAACUGCAUCAACUCAGUUUAAGAUAGAUCUUCAUUUUUUUAGAAACACCUUUUCAACUGCUUGUUACUGAUGCUGUUGUAAGCUUUCACUUGGCAUGAACAAAUUGCUGGUUAAAAUAAAUUAUUGUGAUCUCCUCAGAUAACAGUCGAACCCCUCCACAAUGGCCACCUUGGGGACAGAAGAAAGUGGCCGUUGUGGAGAGGUGGGCGUUAUGGUAGGGGUGUGCUAUGGCAAUUUUUUUAAGGAAAUACAACACGUUUAUUGUGCUAAGUUCAUGCUUACUGUAUACUUCCCAUAAGGGUAAUCUAAUCAUAUAUAAUAGAUAGCAAUGGAAUUCACAAAAAAACAUGAAUAAUGUUUUGAAUCAAAGUGUUAACGUGACAGAACGAGCAAGGUUUGCAAUAUCCCUAGAAGUAUCUUAGAAAAUUUACGUGUACUGCAGUAGUAUAGAUGGAACACAAUCAAAAUAUGACUGCAUGCCGCGAUUAAUCAUCAACGUGCCAUAAGGAUCAAAUUUCUUGACUAUUCUUGACAUUCUCAUUAGUCACUGAUGAAACAACUGGCUGUUUUCAAGAGGCUUUUUUGGCUGUUAUGGAAACGAUUUAGUGUCCAUAGCCGUUGUAGAGAGGUUUAAACAAAAGUCAAUGUAUGGACUGUCCGCUAGGACUAAAAAAAGUGGAGCCGUUACAGUGAGGUGCCCAUUAGUGGAGGUUUGACUGUAUUAAAUUUCAACAGACUGGAUUAGAACUAGAACAAAUUAUGCUUUGGGGUGUGAGAUGGGGAGGGUGUUAAAAAUGUAGUGUUUGUUUCUUUAGGACCAUGACCACCAAGUGGCAUGAAAUUUUUGCAUCAGUUUAAGUUUUCAGAUCAGCUAUAAUAAUUUUGUAUUUUUGUAGGAACUAAUUGAUAUAAUUAUUGUUUAAGAGUGGUUUUUCUUGCUAGAAAUUUAUUUUGGCAAUUUUCAGAAAGAGAAAAGUAUAAUCGCGCGAUUUACUAAGCUUUAUUAUACAUUGUUUAAUUGAAGAAAAUUAGGACAAAAACAGCAACACAUGGUACUCAGUUUGACGUUACUCUUUAAAAUCAUGCAUUGCACACUCAACCUACAGAUUAGUCACUAACCUUCCAGCAGAUAAGUAACUAACUAAUCUGUAGGUUGCACUGAUUUCCAAAAUUAUCUGUAGGCUCUUGGCCAAUGAGAAGACAGAUAGUGAGUAGAAUGUAUAAUAAUUCAAAAUGUAGGAAAUUAUGAAUGAGGUGUUAACGAGUAUGGUUAAAACUUUGCAGUUGUGGUUUCUAUGGCAACCCAGCAUGGAAAGGUUACUGUUCAGUGUGUUAUCGUGAAGUGUAUCUAAAACAGCAAAGAGCACGUGCUGCAUCACAGAGUAGGGAAGUUGCCCUUGCCGGAGGCUCUCAAAACUUACGUGCCGAAGGUAAAAAUAGUUUUUUCAAUGUAUAUUGAGCAAGUAGUAAGAAUAUGAUACUCGACUAGAAACAAUGACUAGUUAUUAACAAUUGCAAAGCCAUGUGAACAACAUGUUUUGCUUGUGAAAUUUCUCCAAAUUCAAUGGUAGUUGCUUACGUUGCUGCCUUCAUGAUGACAAUAAUCAUUCUUUUUAGUCAUUAAAUGUUUUGUACAUGAUAUCCACCUUUCACAUAAAAUGAUCUGAAGUCAAGAGUAAACAUGUACAUUGUAAAUUUACUCCUGUUUCUUGUUUUUAAAUUGAUCCCAUACUUUUGACUCAUCAUAGACAAACAAAAAAAUAACCUUGGACCUUGGAUAAAAAUGAACCACAACAUAUUUUUUGAACAGUUUUCCCUAGAAUAGUCUUCAGUGUUUGAUCAAAAGUCUAGGGUCCAGUCCAGAGUUCAUUCUUAGUGAUAUAUACUCAGUGUCUUGAUUAAGCAUACUUGAAGAGCUUGGGUUUCUGGUGAUUACAUGUAGUCUUACAUUAGAAUGACAUUAUCAUCAGAUCUGGCUCAGAGCAGUAGUUUUUCAUUUUUAGUUGCACGAGAGGAGCCUGAAGAAACUGGAAAGCUAAAGUUUAAUAAGUUUGAAGAAAAGAAGAAAUUUCAGUUGGAGUCAAAAAAGUAAGUGGGACUGAAAAAUUUUUAUAUAAAAAAGAACAUAAAUGUAGACCAUUAUAAAAUUAUAAACAAUAAUAAUCAAACAGUCCUUUUUCCCUUUGCUUAUAAAUUUUAUGUUACAGGUCAAAUUUGAUUUCAGGUUAAUUUGAUUUAACCUAAGUUGAUUAACUCCUAGUCCUACAAGACAAAGGUAAAAAACUGUCAGCCCGAAAUCAAAUUUGACUUGUAACAUUAUUUCUUUGAAACCAUGAUUUUAAUCAAGGGAACAAAAUUAACGUGUAUCAACAGGGGCUUUUUAUCACCGCAAGGAACCUGGGAAUUUUCCCUCUCUACAAUCAGCAUGACCCUGAACUACUUUCCAAGAAAACGAAAAGGAAAAUGUAACCAAAAGAACUUCCCAGCUAUUCAACACCCUGCCUACCAAUUGGCUUAUAUACCGAGUAACUUGGAAUCUUAGUGACAGCCUUGAAAUUAUCCUAUGUAGAGUGUAUAGCUAUUAUUGAUAGGAAGGCAUGUGGAUCUUGAAACCCUAAUAUCAGCAUGCAUAUUCUCUUCACUUUUUUCCCUACAUUUCCUGUGUUACUGAUGGGGACAAUAAAUGUUAAAAUGUUAUAUUAAAUGUUAAACAAGGCAAUCAGGACUGAAUUUUCACUUCUUGGACAUUUCCUUUUUCCAGUGACCUCUGUGUUUGGUUUAGCAGUGUUUGCUGUGUCACAUGUAGCAUAAGGAUAAACUAAAUGUUUAGUAUUCAAACUUCAAAACACGGAGCAACAAUUUAAAACAAAAUUUAAUAUUUUGUUUCAUUUGAAUCGCUUGAACUUCAUCUGUGAUCUAAACUGUCAGCUUAUGUACAUUGUAACAGAAAGGUUAUAUUACGUGUUCCCAGUUGAGGAUUGUAAUGGCCAGGAGGUCCAAAUGACCAAGUCACUUUUAGGAGCUAAGAAACGAAGGGUUUAAUUUUUUUAUUCAAACAGGCAGAGUGUAAAGAACUUAUUCAAAAAGAGUCCUGGUAGAAACGUUUUACCAGAUGGUUCCCCAACUGCUAACUUUACUCCAUCACCAGGUAAACACGGCAGAAUAUUAUUCUAUGCUGCUCUGAUUAUAGUAAGAGGGCCAUUUACUUGGGGAUAUUGAUAAGAUGCAUCUUGAACAAGACACAAACUUUACCUUUAAUUUACAGAGCAUACACCGUAUACAUUGUAAAAGUGCAUCUACCUAAGUUAUCUCUCCUAGGCAAAAUGCAUUAGUUUUUGUUAUAUGAGUAUGAGAAACACUUCUCAAGGUUUGUUCUUAGACAUUACUUUGUCCAGUUUGAUCUUAACACUGUCAAUUUUCAGACAUUAUUUUGACAGUUAUUUAUAUUAUUAUUAACUCAGACUUUUUUGUACAUUCUAGUGGAGGUUCCCAAGGCUGCUGCUGGUUUCCGUGAGUUUCUGAAGACCCUCAAGAAGCCGGCUGCUCAAGAUGUCAAUGACAAGUGCAAAGUGUGAGUUUCAAACUCAUAUUUUUAUAAAUUUUCUUUUUAUUUUCUUCUCUCUGUCCUGUAGGUAGUUAUUUCUUGUUAUGAUUAAUUAUUUUUAAUGAUAUUUUAGCAUAAAAUAAAAGUUAAUUAGUUGGCUGGCAAUAACCUGUGAGCCUGCAGAUCACUGCAGUUUUACCCCACAAGGCAUUUCCUUAUUUGGCACACUGCCUUCUAUAUUAUGCUAUAUGCCCUCUCAGUUGGCACUUUCUUUGAUUGCUGUAAGUUCAAGGACUUGUAUGUGCUGUUACUGCAUUAAGAGAAUAUCUCCUCCAAACAAGUACACAUCCAGUUGCUCAGCCUCUGCUCCAGUUCUCAGAUGGCCAGUACCUUCCCCACUCGCAUCGCACAGCUUUUGCAUCAGACCUGCUACCACUGCGGGAGCUGAGGGCCUCUCAGACUAGCUGAUUAAAGUGCUUGGUCAAUGGAAACCUUUAUGCAUACCAGACAUAAAUCAGGACACCUAGAGACACUUAAUACUCCGCAUACAUUACUGACACCUCAUGGAAAGUUUUGUAUUCCUCUUACAUGUAUUUUUGUAAAUUUUGUUAUUGUUAUUACCAUUUUGUUACUGUUUGAGUUUGCAAGCCCACUACCUAGCUCCCCGCAAAGAGUAAGACAAGAUGAUUCCGAGAAUCUUGGUAUAAGGAAUUUUUUUAUAUAUAAUAUUAUCAGCCAAAGUUAGUUCACCAAGCACAGCUAACAACAGCAAUUUUUCUUUUUUUUACAUGUUUAUUCAAACAAAAACAUGGAUUCUAAGUCCAUUUUGGUCCUCCAAAAUCAAGGAAAACACACUUGCAAAAGUCUAAAUUCAAAAUUUUCUGGUGGAGCAUGCCCCUGGACCCCCCUAGAGGGAAUGCAACCAAGGCAUGUUCAAAUGGGCCUCUGGCCUAUGUUACCCGCACAUUAAAUGCCAUUUCCUUUGUGUUAUAAAUUUAAGCUACAUCCCUGUUAUUUGUCUUGGUGUUCAAUUAAUACAUGUAGAUUUAGGGCAGGGAAUCACUGCCAGUGGCAUCCCUUCAGCCUCGUACUGAAGCCCCAUCAGGGAGGAGGCAUUACACUCUGUAAUACUCUGUCAUGUAAAGACUAAAAAUAGUUUUGUCAUGUUGUUUUUAUUUUGGGACCCAGUAAUAGUUUUGUUUUUUGACAUGCGUAUUAUUAAAAUGAAUCCAAGCUUCAAAGAAUAUUUAUUUGUUUUGUGCUUGGACAUUUUAAGUGUGGAUUUUGUAAGUUGUUCUGUUCAUUAAAUCAUGUUGUAAGACGUGGAGNCCAGUAAUAGUUUUGUUUUUUGACAUGCGUAUUAUUAAAAUGAAUCCAAGCUUCAAAGAAUAUUUAUUUGUUUUGUGCUUGGACAUUUUAAGUGUGGAUUUUGUAAGUUGUUCUGUUCAUUAAAUCAUGUUGUAAGACGUGGAGAGUACAAACUUGCUGAUAAUUUUCCCUUUUUGUGUAAUAAUUGUUUUUAUUGUGUUUGUUGUUUUUCAGAUUUGUCCAAAGAAUGUUAAACAAUCCUACACUCAGUGUGGAUGAGCAGAGUGAAAUGGUACAUGAUUUUUACGGGGUGAGUAAAGUAACUUUUUUACGUUAUAAAAUUCACUUAAAUCGCCAUCAAACUGUAAAGAUCAGGCCCUGGUUGUUCAAACACUGGAUAGUGCUAUACACCUGACAAAUUCUAUUCAGCGGUGAACCAAUUUAUCCUGUGGAUAGACGGGUUAAUCCAAUGGAUAAUGUUGUCCACCUUUCGAACAAUGGGGCCUAGUUUCAUUACACGUAACUCAUGGUAAAUGAAAGUUGAUUAAUAUGCAUGAAGUUGUCAUCUUCAAACUGUCAUCAACUGUUAUGAUCUUUUGACUGACAUUUCUGGCACUGCGCUUCAAUCUAAUAAAAUUUCUAAGAGAUACUGUACUGUAGUUGUAUCCUAGUUUUCAAUUGUGACUUUCACUUUUACUGACCAUGUACAAAUCAUGAACUAUUUAGGCGAUGUCUGAACAUCUUCAAUCCCACCCUCUGUUCCAAAACCAACCUCCGGAGGUGAUUGAUAGAACAUUGGAUGGUGUAGAAAAGCACAUCAUGACCAAGCUCUACAGAGCGUAAGUUUAUUAUUGAGCAGCUUGAACAAUAGUAACUGUCAAGUGAUUUGUUGUAAGCAAGUAGUGUUUGCAUUAAAAUUAACUUAAUAUGCAAAUGGACCAAUUGACAAGAAGCAGGUUGGGCACUAAAAGGAAAUAAUAACCAUCAAUCUUCUUGUCCACUUUGCUUUUUUGGGGAGGGUAGGUGGGUGGGUGCUUAUUCAAGUUUUUUGAACCUGAUAUUUGAGUUGCCCAGGUAUGAGUUGAAACGCUGUCAUUAGUUUUUAUAAUAUAGCUUUUUUAGUUUUGUUAAAGUCUGUGUAUUGUUAGGAUCCCAUCUCCUGGGUGUUUCGGAUCAUUAUACGUUUCUGGGAAACUGCCCACCUACCCCUCCCCUAAGCCAACAUUUUGCCCUGAGUGAGAACUAAGUGUUAUAUAUAUAAUGUUGACUUAAGGGAGGGGUAGGAGGGUAGUUUCCAAGAAAUGUAUUAUAAUGAUCCGGUGUUUCUUGGUGUUAUUGGAGUUUAUUAUUGUUUGAGAACAAAAAUUAUUGCAAUGUAGUGUGGGUCAUGUUCAGUAUCUUUUCAAGCUCUUUUUUAAAAUGUCCAUUUGGUGAUUGCACCUUCCAAAAGUGUACAAAUAUCGGCAAUGUUAAGUAUUAGACUGCAAUUUAACAGUCCCGUUAUAUAAGAAUUAGUUUUGCAAGGUGCUAAUCACCAGAGUGAAAUUCUUGCAGUUUUGACAUCAAGAUCUUUUAUCUGAAUUCUUGCAUUCUUGACUAACACAAAAAUUCGGACUGGUUUUCAGUCUAAUUAAGUAUUCACAAUUUCCUAUUUUCAGUGUUUUCUGUCCACCCUCUACUGAUGAUGAAGCAAGAGACUUGGCAAAUCAAAAGAGAAUUCGAAGUUUUAACUGGAUAUCUCCUCAACAUCUUGAUGCUGCCAUUAAUCCUGACAAUCAGAAGGUUCAGCAGUUGAUUGAAGAUUCACAGCAAGGUUAAUGCUUAUCUCAAGCCUGGUUUUUAUCAUUACCUUUAAAUUUAUUUUAGUAAUCUCCAAAAUCUGAGAUAUUAUUCAGAAACAGUGAAAGAAUUGUCAAAUUGUGUGGGUUUGGAUUGUUUCCUUCAGGCUCAAGACAGUUUUGUUUAAUGAUAUUGAACAAAAUUAUUAUUAUUAUUAUUAUUAUUAUUAUUAUUAUUAUUAUUAUUAUUAUUAUUAUUAUUAUUAUUAUUAUUAUUAUUAUAAUUACCAAUAAUGAUCAUUUGAUUUUAAUUCCAUCAUUAAUUUUCAUAUUAAUUUUUUUAAAACAAUUUGAAGACAUGACUGUACUUUUAAAUAACCAAAUCAUAAUAAUUCAUAUUUGUUGAAUUUUUAUUUAAAAGAUCUUGUUGAGAUAAACACUAAAAGAGCUCCUCAAGACAAGCUGGCUUGUGUUGUUCGAUGUUGCAAGAAAAUAUUUAGUAUCCUUUUUAAAAUUAAUUAACAAUAAUAAAUAAAGUUAUUGUUACUUUCUUCCUGUUACCGCAGGGCUGUGCUCUGGCUGCCUCUGGAGGCUCCUGGCACCUUACGUUUGCUCUUGAGCAACUAGGAAAUCUUCAUUUUUUCAGAGAAAUCCUAUGUUGAGCACCCUGAAUUUCACUGGUUGAUAGCACUGGGCUCCCUUGCAGUUUUUUUAGAGCUCAGCAUUAUACUGUGCAUGUGUUAUGCAUGAGGCUUUUUUUUUUUACCACUAAAGGCUUUAGAAUGGGAAGAUAAUUAGCGCAUGCCUUGUCCAUCUUCAAUUUCAUGAUCAGUCAGCAGAGAGCUUUAGAUUCUGAGAUGAGGAUGACUACAAGAAUGAGAUUCUCCGAAUGCUGAGUAGCACGAGGGUGCAAAGCAAUGUCAUUUUGGGGGGAAAAUGUGAUAGCCAUCAUCAUUCUACUACAAGUGUUAGCGAGAAUGUUGUAGUGGCGAAAACAAGUUAUCAAAUGUUAGGCAUUUUAUCAUUUAGUGAUCAGGAGAGGGCUUUACCUCCUUCAAGGAAAAUAAAUGAACUAAAAUUAAUUUUGUGGUGAAAAAAAGUAUGAUGCUUUCUGAGGUAAAAUAAUGUCAUCCUCGUAAUCGUACUCAUCCUCCAAUCUAAAGCUCUCUAGCAUCUAUUUGAAAACAUGUAUUAGCAACCUUAACAGUUGUUAGAAAUUAUUCAUUUGUCAACACCUGUGGGGGGAGCAGUAAGCGCUGAUGAUUUUCUGCCUUGUCUUAUUUAUGUUGUGUUAAAAGCAAAUCCUACAAUGUUACAUUCUAAUGUACAGUAAGUAUCAUAAUCAUUGAGUCUCAUUUUUCAACAUUCAAACUCACACCAUAUUAUAUUCCACGUCAAUAUUAAUCAAUUUUCAUGGCCUCCAGUGCCUAUUGCCAAUCACAGAUUGGCUGACACUACUGUAUGGUUUAUUUUCGACAGAUAUAUUUCCAGAUUUUGCAAUCCAAAUAAAUUAAUGAUGGGAGAAGCUGGGUAUUACUUUACAAACCUGGUAGGUACAUAUUGUGACCCUGUACUUAAAGGGUAUGUUCAUUAAUAUGAUUUUAUUCAAUCUGUUAUGGUUUGCAUGCCAUGCAUUAUGCUGUCAUCGCUUAUGAUAAACACAUUCUUAAAAUUUCUUACCUUGCAUUUGUUUAGGCAUUUUAGAAACCUGGAGCAUAAUUUUUUUAGUGCAAAUAUGAGCACAUACACUGUACAUUGUAACUGCAUCUAUGUUACAUGAAAUGUACGUGGUGAAGUUGACGUUUUUCAUUAAAGAUCAUUUCAGUGGAUGGAAUACAAUAAUGUCAAGUGACAUAGUUGGAUUCAUUCACUUUCUAACCCUUACCAUUAAUGAAUUAAACAUGUAGCCAUUACUUGUAAAAAAAACUCUAGACAAUAAAACAGUUGUCCAGAGAGAUCAGAGGCAGAGAGUUUAAAUUUUGUUGUGCUUUUUUUUUUUACCUUUUUCAUAGUACAAUGUACAUGUAUCACUAAAGAUCGUUUCCUUACAGAACAGUGUAAAAGUUUUAUUACAUUUUCUUGACAGUGUUGUGCUGUAUCAUUUAUUGAGAAGCUUGAUGCUCAAGCAUUAUCCAUAACUCAGGAAGAGUUUAACAGGUUUGAAUACCAAUUUUGUUUUCAACCAUUGACUGGUAAAAGCAGACAGAACAUAGUACACAAUAAUAUUAUUAUCAAUGACUGAUUACCUUUAUAAUGCUUCAACUUUCUGUGAUAUUUUAGAAACAUGUAUGGUGAUGAAACAGAUAGCUCAGAACAGAGUAAAGCCAAAGCUGAACCACCAGUGACAUGUAAAGGACUAGAACUUAUGAAGGUAAAUCUUAAUCUGCCUUGAAUACAGCUAUCAUUGAAUUUGUACAAGAUUCCUUUUCCCAAAAUAGCCUUUCUCCCACCACAACAUCUACCCACAUGAAAUUUCCUCUGAAAUUUUAAGAGGUCUUUUACGUCUGUAGAGGAAAUGAUGGGGUUUGAGGGAGCUAUAUAUUAUGUAUAAAAGCUUGAUGGUGUUUGUUGGGAAGUCAGAGAUGUUAUCUUUAUUCAUCAAUUCUUUUCUGCAGAAUUUUUUUUGUUGCAGCCACUAACUGCUGUAUAUUUUUAUUACUUUUGACAUAAUACUGUUCUCUUAAUAUUGUUAUCUUGUUUUUGCAGUCCAAUCUUGAAAUGCUUGGAACACUACGAGAAAGACAGAUAAAACUUAGAGAGGAUGCUCUUGUGCUACAAGAACAGAUGACAGAAUUUAGGAACAAUGUUGUAAAAGAGGUACUUGCAAUUUUCCCAAAGGGGGAAAGUAUGUUCUAAGAUAUUGUCAUUGUGCAUGAUGUUUAUCAAAUAAAUAGUCUAGUUUAGUGGCCUUAGUUCUUAUGAGCUGAGUCUUCUGUUGCUCAGUUGUAGAACAUUUGGGCUAGUAACCUGGUUCCAUUGUUCAAAAGGUGGAUAAUGUUAUCCACCAGAUAAAUCUCUAUCCACUGGAUAGCGCAAUAAUAUUGGUUUCCCAAAUCCUUAUCUGCUGGAUAGUGAUAGUUCGUUUGAACAACCCGGGCCAGGAAGUUAUAGGUUUGAUUCCUGUUGGGAGGAUUCAGAUUUUAUUCCAAGCCGCCUGUGUCACUGACUGAAAUAACGUCAUUUUCGUUAAUUUUGUUGUUUAAAAUAGGUUGAUGCUAUCUUAGCUGGUACAAGUAAAGGUAAUAUGUACUUCAAACCAACACUAUCAUCCACUGAUCAACAACCUUCAACAUCAGUUGUGGCAAGCUGA